AUGUCUAUUAAACUUAGUGGUGUGUACUUAGUUCCAUCACAGGUUUUAAGUGAUAAAAGCGGAAAUAACGCAGUUACCAAAACGAAAACCGUUGCCAUCGUCGCUCCGCAAAGAAGUAACAGUUUGGAUUAUUUGAAUUUCGAAGAGAAGCGACAAAUCAUCGCCUCCUCACUGUCACUUUCCGAUUUUCUCCAUGUGGGCAAUAAUGCUACCAAAGAGAUUAAGGAUGGUGUUGCUACUGUCAUUGUAGGCUGUUACGGAUUGGGUGUGAUUGAACCUGCUCUCUACAAGAGCACCUUGAACUUGGACGAACUACAGUGGCCGGAGGGACACAUCGGAAGGAUUUGGUUUUCGCUUCGAUACGAACCUUCAACUGAAAAGCUACUGGUGUCGCUGCUGAAAGCAAAAAAUCUGCCAUCGCGAAGUAUUGGAACGGUUAACAGUUGCGACCCGUUCGUAAGGUUACAUCUCAUGCCCGACGAGAGGAGGUUUUUGCAGUCUAAGCAAAAGAAGAAGACGUGCAAUCCGUACUUUGACGAAACCUUAGUAUUUCAGGUUUCCGCAAAGGACAUGACUGACCACACGCUCAAGUUGACGGUGAUUGACGCUGGACGGACGAAGCGAAAAUCGGAAAUUGGGCACGUCACCUUUCAACUUAAGGACUUGGAGGUCGGAGAUGGGACGGAGCAGCAACUGUUUAAGUUUGAUUUAGAGAAGGAAAUUCAGGAACAGAAAUCCGAUCUUGGAGAAGUAUUGGUAGCACUGGUGUAUAAUGAACAUCUCAACAGGCUUACAGCAACGGUGAUUGAAGCAAGAAGGUUAAAGGAAGAGGAGGAGGACAUUAAUUCAUUUGAAGAAUGUUACGGCGAAGUAUUAAGGACAGUGUCCGAGGGCGACGUAACGGCUUGA